AUGGAGUACAACGGAGGCUCAGUCGUUGCCAUGGUUGGCAAGGACUGUGUUGCCAUCGCGGGUGACCUUCGACUCGGACAGCAGGCGACUGGUGUCGCCAUGAACUUCGAGAAGGUGUUCCCCGUUAACGACACGCUGUACUUCGGACUGCCGGGACUGGCGACGGAUGUCUUUACUCUGAAGGAGCAGAUGCGUUUCCGUGUCAACAUGUACCGCAUGAAGGAGGAGCGCGAGAUCACCCCCGUCACCUUCACGAACCUCCUCUCAUCAACCCUCUACGAGAAGCGUUUCGGCCCGUACUUCAUUGAGCCUGUCGUUGCUGGUAUCGCGCCUGCGACUGAGGCGAACCCGAACCCCCAGCCCUUCAUUUCUACCAUGGACACCAUCGGAUGUAUCACGACACCCAAAGACUUUGCUGUCGCCGGAACCGCGACUGAGAAGCUGUACGGUACCGCUGAGGGACUUUGGGAGCCGAACCUCGAGCCUGAGGACCUGUUCGAGACCAUCUCCCAGGUGCUUCUGAACGCUGUCGACCGCGAUGCCCUCAGCGGCUGGGGAGCCGUCGUCCACAUUAUCACUAAGGACAAGGUCGUUACGAGAAUGCUUCGCUCGCGCAUGGAUUAA